AUGCUCAGAUUUGUGGUAUCUGUUGAGAACGCAAGUGAAACUGGGUCGAAGACACCAGCAUCAUCAUCUUCAUUCAGAAUUCUAAACUGGCAUCAAGGAAAACUGACCAUGGAAGAGAUGAAACUCUACAAAAGACCCAGUUCGUUCUCUAAUAUAACUGAGAUGUGUUACUUGCGAAAUAGUGGGCGCCAGAAUCACAGUUCGUCUCGUCUGAAAAAUGACUACCUGUUCGUGUGUUCCGAUGAUGGGUUUAUUCAAGUAUUUCCAGACAUUCAAGCUUCAAAUUCAAAGAAAAAGGUUUUGAAGCCCCGAUGGUUUUUGACGUGUAACGUGAAUGUUGCCCACUGCGAUACUAAAGUUCCAAUCGUCUCGCUUGAUUAUCUGGACGGUAUGCUAUACUGCCUGUGCGAAGACGGGCAGCUGAGCGUCUUCAUUCUGAACUUACCGGACACUUACAUCAAAUCCCAUUCUCCGGUGUUUGCAAAGGAUGCAAUGGGAUUGAAAAACACUGAUUUUAGCUUGGCAUACCGUCGUUUCAGGUUCGAGAAUCUUACAGCGGAGGACCUCAAGUUUGUGACAGAGACAGCUUACACCGGCUACACUAGGAGCUCUAAUCACCCUUUCAGCUACCUGGUUCCAGCCCAUGCACACUUCCGAGACCGGAAAGAGCAUCUCUAUGGCCUUUCAAACCUUGAAGCGCCAUGUUUUCAGCCGUCUUUCACGCUGAGUCUUGGCAAAAAUGUGGGCCAUCUCCGUAUCAAUCCGUUCAACAAGUUGAGCUUCUUCACAGGUACUUUGUCCGGCCGUUUGAUGUUGCAUAAAAUCAGCAUAACCCCCGCCUAUCUUUUGUACUACAAGCGGCUGAAAUCCUUCAUCAAACAGGCGGUCCAGGAAGGACAAGAAAAUACCUGGACGUUAUGCGCCACGAACGAAUCGAGUCUCAGCAACCGCUUUUCCGGCACAGUUUGGCGUGGUGAUCUGCUAGGUAAAGAUCCUUUGGACGCCAUAGAGGCAGAGCAAUUGUCGAUGUGCGCGGAUGAUCGAAGUCGACAAGGAGCGCGCAGUCUCCAACUGAGAUCGAGGUCGGGGGUUCCUGAGCUCCAGCAUUAUUUUUGCUGGCGUGAGGCGGUACCAAGCAAGUUGAAAAGCAGAGGUGUGGCAGGUGAAAGCAAUGCUCGAACCAGCCUGAAAGUCCUGAAAGUCAAACCACCUGUCGUGCGAAAGAAACGCAAAUUGUCACAAAGAGUGCAAUGGGCUCUCAAAAAUGAGGGCAAUCUAACGGUGAAAACUCAUGACGAUGACUACGGCACAGAGAACACCAUUGGUCGAGCAAUCUUCGAAUUUGGGUCCUUCGAUGAAAACAGCAACAGCACUGAUCAAAGUAGUGAUGCAUUUCACAGCACAGCAAAAGAGGCCGAGAAAGAUGGGAGAGGAAUGUACCUGCCAAGUUUUUACCGCAGUUUGAAGAUCCUGUCAAUGGACGGGCGUUCAAAACUGAAGGCUUUGCAACCUGCAGCCACUAGCCAACCUUGCUUGAUUUUUGACCCAAAUAAUGAUGCAGAAAGUUUGGUCAAAAAGCUCAGGCGUGUACCCCGAGACCGCUGGUUAUUGCAAUGGUUGUUUAAGAUAAAUGAAAGGUAUCAUCUUGCAAUCAGUGCGGAUGGAGUUAUGCUGUGCAACAGUUCUCAAAUGCCCAAUUCUUGCCCUUUGUCCUUGAAGAAGGUCAACUUCACAUUGGGGCUUAUUUUGGAUGCACUAGUACUCGUGAGAGAUAGCAAGACUUGCCAAAGUUGCCAUAAAUGUCGAGGAGACAUGGCGUUAAGUCUCGAAAUUGCCGUGACCUGCGUCGACAAUCUUGUCAUGGUUAUUGGUGUUAAUUUUGCCCUUCAUAGUGAGAUUGGUGAGUGGCAGGUCUUAGACAUAGUAAGGCUCCCGGAACCUACAAAAGCCUUAGGAAAACUGACGGUGCUGGAGUUCAUCAAAAAUGGCAGCAAAAAGCGAAGAUAUAACAACAACCCAUCAAGCACCUUGGCCAAUGGUGGAAGAGCCAAAGUUGAAGAAUGGAAACGCGUGGGGAAUUCAGCUUCUUAG